GUUUUAUCAAACCAGGAAGUAAAAUCUGGACAAAAAUUUCCCGAGGAAAUGACUUCAAAAGCGACUGUUUGAUUAGGUCUGUGGUUAGGAAGCAGUUCGAAUUAAUAUUCGACAAACUUAAGACUACCUAAGUGGACUAAAAGUGGAUCAAAAUGGCGACUUAUAUUUCAGGUUCCUACAAUCCUAACAGAACUGAAUCUUCAAGAGAGCUGCCAGUAUGGAAGUCUUAUUUGUAUCAUCUACAACAGCAGUCACCAAAACCUAAGCGAAUUGUGUGUCAAAAAGAGAUUCCUGGCAAGCCCAUGUAUUAUGGCAGAGAGUUCCAUGGUGCAAUAUCCAGGGAGACUGCAGACAGACUGUUGAACAUCUGUGAUGGUUGUUACCUUGUGCGAGAAAGCCAGCGGGCUCCUGGAACAUAUACUCUAGCUUUAAGAUUUAAUGGCGCUACAAAGAAUUUCAAGCUAUAUUAUGAUGGUCAACACUAUGUUGGAGAGAAAAGAUUUGACACAAUUCACGAUCUUGUUGCUGAUGGUCUUAUCACAUUUUACUUGGAACUUAAAGCUGCUGAUUACAUUGCAGCCAUUGAUAGCCAAUCUAACUAUGAAGAGUCUCCAUAUAUGGCUCAUUAUUCUAGUCGUAAAUUAUUGGGGCACACCAGGACCCCUAGUUCACAAAGUUACCGUAGCAACUAUAGUGGUCAUAGUAGCUAUACACGGGGAGGUGAUUAUCAAGAUAACAACCAAAGUAUCCAGAAAAGAGUGGAAAAUGAGAACUUUGUAAUGGAAAGUGAUAGUGGUGGAGAUAAUUUUGAGGAUAAUGGUCACGUUAGGUUUGAUGAAGAUGAAAAUACUUGCCACCGGGUUGAUGACCAGGCAGAUGCAAUUGAUGGCAUUGGGACUAUUGCUGGUACAUUAGAUGUAUUGGAAGUAAUGCAGUCUGAGAAACCACACAUAUUCAAGACAUACACAUUUAAAGGCCCACAUUGGUGUGAUUUUUGUGCAAACUUUCUGUGGGGACUUAUACAACAAGGUGUAAAAUGCCAAGAUUGUGGUUUUAAUGCACAUAAGAAGUGUUCUGAGAAGGUCCCCAAUGAUUGUAUGCCAGCCAUGAAGUAUUUACGUAAGAUAUUUGGGAUUGACUUGACGACACUUGUAAAGGCCCAAAAUACCCCUGUUGUCGUACCACUGGUUGUGGAGAAGUGCAUCAAAGAGAUAGAAUCUAGAGGUCUGGAGCAUGAAGGUAUUUACAGAGUGGCAGGUUUCCAUGACGAUGUAGAGGCAAUCAGGAUGACAUUUGACAGAGAUCUGAACUUCAAAAAUAAUGGUGACCAGGCAGAUAUAUCAAGAGGGAGAUAUGAGGAUCACAAUACAAUUACAAGUGUCUUGAAGCUUUACUUCCGUCUCCUCCCAAUCCCACUUAUAACAUUUGCAGAAUAUCCCAUGUUCAUAGAGGCAGUCACUACAGAUGCUAACAACAUGAGUGAUGAGGGGAAAUCAAAGCUGUUACGUGAUGCAGUGAAUCAACUACCCCCAGCUCACUACCACACACUCAAGUAUCUUAUGGCACAUCUUCACAGGGUGACUGAUAAAUGUAAAAGCAAUAUGAUGAAUGCAGAAAAUUUGGCUACAGUUUUUGCACCAACAUUGCUGAGAUCAAUAGACACUGACCCAAUCACUAGUCUCACUGCCGUUAAGUUUGAGAAGGAGGUCAUAGAACUGUUGAUACUUUUUCAAUCAACUAUAUUUGACAAGUAGUGGACUGUCUAUUGUUAAUUGUAUAUUCUGUAUUAAGAGGUGCAAAAUUUGUAGAAGUUGCUAGUGUGUAGCCAGGAUUUAAAAAUAGGGCAGGAAAAAUUAAGCUAAAUGGGAUAUAAUGCAACUAUUGCAGUUUAUUUCCGCAGAUAAAAAAUCUGAAUGAAUGAUUUUCUGUAAAAGUUUGCCUCCACCAUUGAUAUUUCAUUGUUGUUAUAUUUCUAAGCCAAGCAAAGGCUUGUCCAAAUGCUUACCAUAGGCAUGAAGAAAUAUCUGGACUACACUAUACCCUGUCUGGGAUCGACCUUGGGAUCUGGGGAUGGAUCUGACAAACUUAACAGUGAUCUAGUUGAUAUAGAAUCUUGAACAAAUGGUGCAAUUUAUGUACAUACUCUUCUCAAGUAUGUUGCCAAGUGACUGUUUUGUAUGGAAUGUUCCAAAAGUACUAGCUUUGUGCUCUCUUGUGAUCUUCCCAUCAUAUUCUCAUCAGGGUGCUUAAUCCCUAAUUUUACUUGUUUUUGUCAAAAUAUCCCAACAUUUCAUAACUAUGACAACCUCAGAAAGUGAUGACAUACUCUUAUACUUUUUUUUGCGGUUGUUGGUGUUUUGCAGUCAGUAUCUGUAAUAAAUGGCAGGU